AGCGUUAGAUUUGAAGUCGAAUUGAAGUCAAAGUCUCCAAAAUGAAAAAGAUAUUCAUAUUCACUACCAUUUUAUUACUGCUUUUUAUGUUUGAUUUGUCGCAUAAUUAUCGGGUUUUAUCAAACACCGACCCAUCGUUUGAAUGCACUCCAUGUGCCCGAACUCGACUCAUAGGCUGCUAUCACGGCAAGUGUACCUAUCGGUGCUACAGGAGCUGUAAUAACGGCACAUUCAGUUUCAUCGAGGCCCAGAAGUUCGUAAUCGUUGGCACCAAAUGAGUUC